UAGAAUAUAUUACGCUGAAGCGAUCGACAUCGAAAUCAAAGUGAUUUGUUAAGAUUUAGUAAGCGGAAAACGUUUUCACGCGAAAUGGAAUUUCAUACAAAAAAAUACCGUUAUUUCCUUAGGAUCGCAAAGCUAUCCUUCCCUCUUAAGGGCCAAAAAUUAUUUUACAAAAAAAUAGAUCACGUAGAAGUUUUGUAGGUAUGUAAAUGCAAUGUUCUACUUAUGUUCUACUAAAAUCGCAGCACAGUAGCGCGCCUAGCGGUAAAUCAACUCACUAUUUUCUCCACUAUUGGUUGACAUGAGAACCACUUCCCUUCAAAUAUCUAAUCGCUCAUUUAUUUAUUGAAUUUUAAAUGUAAUUCAAAAGGCGAAAUAUUUAAUCUUUAGUAAAAGGCGUAAAUAUAAUUCACUAAUGGAUUGCAGAAGUAUUCAGUAAAAAUAAACACUAAGAGCAGAUACUGUUUUUACGAUUACCUUAUCUGUAUCAAAAAUGUUACUAGUUCAAAAAACUACCAUCCUUCACUGAAUGACAGAGAUAGACUUACGCAAUCUGACUUAUAAGCAAGCGAGAAAAGGCUAUUCCUGGCAAAAUCGUUCUCAUUCGCUGUCUUCGUUGUAUGUUAUAGCUAUAGUUGUAUUUAGGUAUGGUAUAGAAUAGUUAGUGUAGUCUAGUCUAGUUUGAUUGUAGCGUUCAUAAAUUUCUUGCUUAUCGUGCGCUAUGGCCGUAACAAAAAAUUAAACGAAAUACUUAUUUCGAUAUAAAUUAUGACACAUAAACAGACGUGUUUACUCUUUCUAGUGCUCAGAUAUUAUUCACCAAAAAUAAUCAAAAUGUAAAGCCCGUGUUACUGUGUGUCUGGUAAGGGUGAAUGGGAUUUUGAAUCUCAUACAGUGUAAAUCUUUGCGGUUUAUGAGUUAAUCUCGAGUCGUUUGGUUAGUAGUAUAAACAAGAACUAUGCAACAAUGUGGGUUUUGCUCAAUGUUGUCUGGACUGUUACGGAGAGCUAUGUGCAUCGGCAGCAGACGAGGUAGCAGCGAGUCCUACUACAGGGAGCUCGGCGAUCAAGAUACAUUGAAAAUUGAAGAUAAAUCGUCGGAUAUAUCUGAUGAAUCCGAAGAAAUAAUUCAAGAAAUCCCGCGAAGAAUAAACUCUAAGGACUAUUCGGAAGAGCUUGAAAACAUGCCCAAAAAACAUGUGUAUACAGGGAGGUUUCUCACAAUGCACAAACGACGCAAGAAAAGACUUUUGACAAGAUCAUUGUGUCAUGAAGCAGCUUUGUUAGAUGAUUUACACCCCGGACAAGUUCAACGCAUCCUCGACCAGUCGGUGCUGUGGCAGUUCAACGCCUUUACGCUAGAAAACGUCUCGGGGGGUCGUUGUCUGCCAGUACUCUGUGUUCAUCUAUUCCACAUCUAUGGCCUGAUAUCAUAUUUCAAACUCGACGCAGCGAAGGCUUGGAAAUUAUUCAGCUUAAUCGAAGAAGGCUACCACAGUACAAACCCUUACCACAAUUCGGUACACGCUGCUGAUGUCACGCAGGCCAUGCAUUGCUUUCUACAACAGAAACAAAUUCGAGAUUAUCUAGAACCCCUUGAAGUGAUGGCGUCCCUGCUGGCAGCGAUCGCGCACGACAUGGACCACCCGGGAGUCAACCAACCCUUUCUUAUAGCUACUUCCAAUCACCUUGCCACGUUGUAUAGAAACACGUCAGUUUUGGAAAAUCAUCAUUGGCGUUCAGCCGUAAGUUGCCUGAAUGAGAGCGGGCUGCUGGACCAGACAGGCGACAUCCAAGCCGCGCUGGAGCGCCAAAUCAGUUCGCUGAUUCUCGCCACGGACAUCACGCGGCAGCAAGAAUACCUAAGCCAGUUCAAGGGCUACCUCGACACGAACAGCCUCGACAUGUCGCAAAAGGAGCACCGGCACCUAGUGCUGCAGAUCGCGCUCAAGUGCGCGGACAUCUCCAACCCGUGCCGGCCGUGGCACAUCAGCCGCAAGUGGAGCCACAAGGUGUGCGAGGAGUUCUUCCGCCAAGGCGACUACGAACGCAAACUCAACCUGCCCGUUACGGCGCUGUGCGACCGACACACAACCUCCAUACCCAAGAUCCAAACAGGUUUCUUCAAAUUCGUUGUGACUCCUCUCAUAACCGAAUGGCACCGCUUUUUGAAAAACGAUCUGUCGGAUGAGAUGUUAAAAAAUUUACUGUAUAAUCAAAACAAGUGGGACAUGCUCGUGGCGCAAGAAAUAGCGGAGGAGACCGGGACGGAGAUGUCGGACGCGGACGCGGUGGACGACGACCUCGACACCUGCUCCGGCACCAACCUGUCCGCUAGCUCCGAGCUUCUGCUGCCGCUGCGCCGCAGUUCUCUCAACCCUGCCAAGACCCAAGGCUUGAAAGAACAACUUAGGCGGUUCUCUGUUCCCUUGAAUGUAUUCCAAGACUCAAAAUUCAAGAACAGAGACAAAAGUCGUACGCCUUCACUGGCUGAAUCUCGAAUGCGCACUAAUGGCAGCCCAUUGAGUAGUGAACAUUCUCUACAUUCACAACUCAGCGUUCGUGGACAUUGCGAGCAUGGAAAACCCACUGAAAAAAUGUUGAGUACCGAGAAACUACUUCCGGAUUCUUCGAUAGCUUCUAUCACUACUCCGGUUCAAGCGACCCGUUUGAAUAUCGUACUGAAAGAUGGCGGAAGUUGCAAGCUCAUCCGGCAACAGACAUUCCCGCCGCUCGAGACCGUCGCGCACGCGCAUGCCCUCGCCGUCAGACCGCUCCACACGAGCAACGAAGACGCCAUCUACCCGUCCCGGUACAUCAAGACUGAGAUCAGCCAAAAGUUCGACAUGAGUAAAAAGGAGGGAAGAUUUAGCAAUAUAUUCAAAAGAUAUGAUACUGAUAAGACUGAUAACGAUGACGCUUCUGAAAAUAAUAACUUAGACACUACGGAUUGUUCACGUAAUAUAGAGAAAGAGAAUCGGGACCCAUCGAUACGCAGCACGAGCGGCACGCGCGGCAGCCAGUUGCGGGACAACCUGGCGGGCGUGCCGCUCACGCGAGCCGCCGACCAGCUGGCUCGUCGCCGCAAGUCCAUGCCCACCGACAUCAUCACAUACACUCCGAAAGAGAAAAAGAUGCGAGAAGUGACCACGAUUCCAGAAUUUUUAAAAAAGACUCUAGCCGGCAAAGAUUGUUGGACACGACGGCGAGGAUCGGCGCCCGCUCCGGUGGCGUCAUCGGAGCUGCGCGGGCUAGCCACGCUCGGCGCGUUGCGGCACAGCAUCAACGGCGGGCGCCGCAAGCCGGGCCCCAUUGGUACGUGCCAGCAGUGGCUGGCCAAGGCCACGCUCGGCGUGCACGACAGGAAGAUACCGCACCUACCGCGGAGAAGUUCGCUGCCCGUUGAGAUGUUUCGCCCUACUGAAGCUUUGUAACUGUCGGAAUCCAAAUCAAAAUCAUGUGAUUGGUUUAUGCUGAAAAUAUUGAUUUGUAAGACUUUACCGCAAAAUCGAGGUGUUGGCUGUUUAAUUUCAGAAAGCAAUGUGUGUCUGUUGAGUGGACACUGUUUGCUGAAAAUGCAUUAAGAAUGGUAAAUUGUAAGCAUAAAACACUUUACUUUGGAUUUGCAGCCGUGCGAAUGAAAUGGUUAGAUAUACAAAUUAUGGGAUCGAAUGUGUUUUUAUAUGCAUCGUAUUAUUCUUAUGGUACGAUGUCUUUUAAUAUAGCCUCAUUGCGUAUUUUUAAACAAUGUGUCGUUUGGUAUGUUCACAUGUUGACAGCUUUUACAUGCAACAUCAACAUCAAAAUAAUUUUAAACAGUAUUGCAGUCAUGUAUAGAUUUCUUUAUAUAAUAUUUUCAUUUGUAGUCUGAAACUUUAAGAUACAGCCAUUUCUGGAUUAUUUAUUUGUUUUGGUGAUCGUAAUUGUCUAUGCUCCUGAUGGCUCACGCAUAAUAACGUCCCUUUGCUAUCCUCCUACAGAAUCUAUUGAACCAGGUGACUCAGUAUAGGUACUAUGGCAAUAUUAUAACUAUAUUGUGACGGGAAUCUGGCGGAGCUUUUUUUAGUUUCCGACUGCCUCAUACUUGAUAAUACAAUAGAACAUCCGUUUCCGCUUUCAUAAUCGUUUUGCUUACAUACCUACUGUUGAGCAAGUACAUACGACAUUUGACUAAAUACUGCCAUGGUGCGCUUAGUCGAUAAGAUUUGUCGCUCAUAUGUAACCAAAGUCCUUGUGUUGUAAUAAAGUCAAAAUGCAAUAUGUAUUAAAUAUAAUUGUAAAGGGGGUCUUACCACGAUAAUCUUAUGUUAGCUCGUAUUUCAUGUUUUGAUACAAAACGGAUUGUUGUGAUCAAAAACAACUCAAAAGUAAUUCGUAUAAUUUUUUUUUAAAUGUAUUAAUCAAAAUACCGUUUGCUCGACAUGGAAGUUGCAAUAAACUAACGUUCUAUUUGUAGGACCGAGUAAAGUAAUGUGAUUGGAUUGCAGUGGCGGUGCGUCAUGUAUAUCCAUUUGACGAGCCGGACUACGUUUUUGUGCUGCUUUGAGUGCUUUUUCUUAAAAAUCUUUAGGAUAGGGUGUUUACUGUCUCAAAUUAACUAAGCCUAAAGGAAUUGAGUUCUACAGACGCCCCACCACUGUUGGAUUGGUUAUUUAAAAUUUUACAUGCGUAUCUCUCAUAUUCAUUCGAACUAUUUGGCCUUGUCUGUUUUAGUUUCAGUAUUAUUAUUAUUUUAUUGUGUUUAUGUACCAUUAUAAGGUUAUAAAUAUUAUAUAUUGAACUGGAAAGACAACCCGCCUCAUGUAUGAAAAAAAAUUGGUUAGGCUGUAUCGGGAACACAGCCGCAAUGGUUUGACGUGAAACGUGGCGUGGAAAGUUAUUGCAUAGGCCGCUUAGAGCUGAAGGCUCGAAACCUACGGGAGCUACUGUAAGCAUCUAGGAAAAUGCUCAGACAAAACAGUAUACUGUGUAGUACUCGCACAGUGUGAAGAGCGGCGCAUUCGCCCUGUAUGUCAGAGCACACAAAGCUUACAGUGUGAAGGGCGUGCAGUGUAACGGUGUACCUACAGUGUCAGAGCGUGCAAAGCUUACCCUGGCACUUUGUAUGUAAGACGGACGCUUCGCGUACUUUGAACGUCUGGUUUCGCCCGACCUAUCAGUGUAACCUUUGACCUUUGCAUUUAGACACUCGUACUAUUGUUCUAUGUUUAGUCACAAACGUCGCGUCUCUCGGACACUUGACGUAUUUAAAUUUUUAGUAAUUUGUAUAAAAAUAUCGUAAAUUCUAUCAUUAAAGAUUAACUAUCUUUAUCAAAUUAGCUGUCUUUUCGGUCAUAAUGACCAACAAGGAGAUGCACAUAGACGAGGUGUGUAAUCAGCUUGGCCGCGUCUGUUUCGCACUGCGCCGUCUGGCGCGCACUGCCGAUAAAUAGCACAGGAGUUGUAUGAAAAUUUGUAGGCGGAUACGUCAUACUAAUUACUACAAAGCAGGGCUUUUAUUUUUCUAGUUCAAUGUUUGUGUCUUUUUACAUACUAAAAAUAUAGAACAGUAUAAGUGUUUAUAUAACCGCCAAAAAUUUUCAAAUAAUAUUAAAAAUCGUGUGUGGUAUCAAAUAAUAGGGAAUAACAUGGUGAAAAAGGUUAUGGCGUUGAUUUAUUUUUGAAAAUAAAAAUAAAUUAUAAAAUGGUGGAAGAAAAAAUGAAAGCUUCUGCAGUGUCCAAAAUCAUAAUUUUAAUUAAGCGAAUUGCAUUUUGUAAUACAAAUGACGUAUAAAUUUCAGCAAUGUUAUAUUUAAGACACAUGUCAUAUGUCAUAUCAAUAACAAUGUCAUAUCUAAAGAGACAGGCACAAGUUCAGCUGCGGGUCAGCAACGGUACAUGGAGCUCAGUCGCAAAGGCCAAAGAAGAUGUCAGUACUACAAUGAACAUCAACAACGUUUGCAUAGAGCUUGAGCAACAUAAAAUAGGUAUGUAGCGAAACUAGGGACUUGUUUUGUAAAGUGAGGGAGCUAGCUGGGAAGCUUUAGAACCUGUGCCAUUGAAGAAGAAACCGGGAAUGUCCUGACAGACAUAUCGCAGGUUUUGGAGCGCUAAAAGCGAUACUGCGCAGCACUGUAUGAUACUUACAGGGAGUACUGAAACUAUCCGUGAUCCUUCGUUCGGAAGUGGAAGGCGUGCCGAGUUCGGCAGGAAUACCAUAUAUACCCAUGUUCCAUGGGGCAACAUGGGAGAAGCAGGAACAACACUUAUGGCGGAAAUAUGUAAUGUGAUGUGGAGAUCUUGGAAAUUUCCGACGGAAUGGACAGAAUCAGUGUCAUCCCCUUACACAAAAAAGGAUCUAAAUACCAAGACAUGCGGCAAUUAUAGAGCCAUCGCGCUGAUCUCCCACGCACGUAAGAUCCUUUUACAUAUAAUUAACCAGCGGCUCAACCAUUUUCUCAGGAGCCAGAUACCACAGGAACAAGCUGGCUUCGUUAAAGCAAAGGGCACCAGCGAGCAGCUUCUCAACAUCCGCCAAGUCGAGAACAGUAUUUACUUGCCCAGUUGUCUCGUGUUUCAUACACUACACCCUUUGACUGCAUGCAGUGGGACAAGUUGUCGGCUGUGUUGCGCGAGAUGGGAACUCCGGAAUAUUUUUCACUUGACGAUGCCGAUGACACUGCCCUUUUAGCGACAUUUGUGGAGAAUAUGCAGGAGCUGUUUCAGAGACUCGAGACGGACGGGUUAGUUACAGUCUGCCAGCAGCACACAAUGUAGAAGAUAAUUUCAUACAUUCAAAAAUCUUUCAGUUUCUCAGUCACCAAUUUUGUUAUAUUAUUUUAUUUUAUAAAAUCACGUCAACCAUUUUCGGCAUGUAAUUUCCUGUAAUUUACAUACACAAUUAUUUUUAUUUUUUUCAAUUUUACAAAUUAUGAAAUUUGUGGCGGUGUAAAAAACGCGUUUUGCACACUUCGAUUUUUCUAUACUUUUAGUAUGUCAAAAAGAUACACACAAAGAACUAAGAACAUCAAACCCCGUCUUUUUAGGAAUUAUUAUGACCCCAAAGACUAUAUAUUAUCUCCUCUACUAAAAGCUCGGUGUUGACGUACGGUGUGGAGCUUCGGGCCCAUGUCGCGGACUGGUAUUGCGUUUUUUUCAAUUCAAAAGCGAGCACUCCGCGGUAUGGCAGGCAAACCAAACGACGCUCCAGCCCGGAAGCUAUUUCUUGAGUUCCAAAUUCUACCCCUAUCCUGUAUUGUAUACUAAUACAGCAGGAAGCGGUGUUCACACACACCAAUCGAGAUCGGUUCAAACGCAGGGGUACGGACUCUAGAUAUCCACUGCGUAGUAACAAGCACAGAGACCGGCUGGUAGCAGAGCGCCACACAUUAGCAAAGUCGGUCUAUUGUUUCGGAGCUUCAGUCUACAAUCGAUUACCCGAUUACAAGAAAUGCACUUCUACUGAAGGAUUCAACCCUAAACUAGAAAAGUGGGUUCUUACGAAGAUGUUCUAUGAUUAUAUCGAGUUUUUUGACAUUCCACUUGUGAUUUAAUAAUUUAAUGCAGAUUAGUGCGUGACAUUUUUAUAUUGUAUCGAUUAUAUUAAUGAUAUAUUGACAUUUUGAAUAGUUAUUUCAUUUACGACAUAUGGAUUAAAAAUAACAGCACAACAUAUACUAGACCUAUUUAUAACCGAUAUUGUAACAGUUGUUAUCAAUAAAGAUUUUCAUUUUCACAACUAAAUGAACAA